AUGUCUCAAGAACCAUAUUGGACAGUCACCCAUGGCCAUGCGAAUCGAACCGGCUGGAGUUGUCGAGAAUGCCAUGGUGUUAUCUAUCAAGGUGAACAAAUAGUGAUACGUGAUGGACGAAAGCUUCGUUUAAUGUACCACGAGAAAUGUUUUAGCGGUAGUUCAGAUCCACGUACACAAGCAGGUAGUUCGUAUAAUGAUAAAAAAUGGACAAACACCCGACCUAUUCAACCAGACGCACCAGCAGUGAAGGGAUAUGGAAAAUGGAGUUGCAGUGAGUAUGGUUACAAAGGUGAUUUGUAUGCAACAUCGACAUCCAGAUCUCCUGUUCGAAAACCUAUUACGAAUAUGAAUUCAUCAAAAAAAUAG